AUGACUCAAUUUGACGGUGAGUCUAAGAAACUUAUUCAGCCUGUGUUGGAACAUGAGAAGAAGAUUAAGUAUUACGUACAUAACGAACAAGUUUUUGACAUUAUUCAUAUGGCACAUCUGGAAACUGGACAUGGUGGAAAACAUAAGUUGGAAAACAAUAUUAAAACAAAGUACGUAAAUAUAACAAGAGAAGUGAUUCAUAUCUAUCUUGAGCUUUGUCUCAUCUGUAAAAAAAAGAAAACCCAUCUCAAAAAAGGUGUUGUAGUAAAGCCUUUGAUAUUUAAAGAAAUUAAUCACCGAGCACAAGUAGACCUAAUCGACAUGCAAACGAGCAAGAACGGAGAAUAUAAAUUUAUUUUAAAUUAUCAAGAACACUUAACUAAAUUUGUGUGUCUUCGCCCGCUAAAGACCAAGACUGCUGUAGAGGUCGCUUAUAAUCUUGUAGACAUAUUUUGCAUUAUUGGUUGUCCAUCCGUCUUACAAUCAGACAAUGGAAGAGAGUUUUGUAAUAGCGUUAUCAAAGAAUUAAAAAGUAUGUGGCCUGAUCUUAAAAUAGUGCACGGUAAACCGAGACAUUCUGAGAGUCAGGGUAGUGUUGAACGUGCAAACCGAGAUGUACAAGACAUACUUAUUGCCUGGAUGGAGGAAAACAAUUUGACUAAAUAG